GAUCUGUAGCUUGGCCAACAUGGCGACUGGAGCCGGAUCUCAUCUGAAACAAAGGGAGGCAGAGGAUGGACAGGAUUCUCCCCGUACCCACAAAUGCAACUAUUGCGACAAGGAGUUUCGCUUCAAAAGUGGGCUCAUUGGACACCUGCGAACCCACACUGGCGAGAGACCAUACCAGUGUGGCGAAUGUGGAAAACGGUUUAGUCACCUAUCUCAUCUGAAGGGCCACAUGAGAACUCACACCGGUGAGAAACCGUACCGAUGUCAGGAGUGCAGCAUGCAGUUCCGUGGGUUGAGCGAUCUAAAAGUACAUGUGCGAACCCACACUGGUGAGAAACCGUAUAAGUGUGAACACUGCAAUAAAUGCUUCAGCAAGUCAACAAAUUUGAAGACUCACAUGCAGACGCACACGGGGGAAAAUCCGUACAAGUGUGAGGAGUGCAGCAAACAGUUCACUACACUGUCAAAUCUAAAGAAACACAUUCGUACUCACACAGGUGAGAAACCGUAUAGUUGUGAAGAGUGCAGCAAGCAUUUUAGUGAUCUGUCUAGUCUAAAGAGACACAUGCGGACUCACACAGCGGAAAAACCAUACAGGUGUGAGGAGUGCAGCAAGCAAUUCUCUACGCUGUCAGAUCUAAAGAGGCACAUGCGAACUCACACAGGUGAGAAGCCGUACACGUGUGAGGCAUGCAGCAAGCAGUUCAGUGACCAGGGAAAUCUGAAGAAACACAUGCGGACUCACUGACAACAAACCGUACAGGUGUAAACAAUGCAACAGAAGCUUUCGUCACGUAGACUUCGUGCGCACAUGCAGACUCACAUCGGUGAAAGUCUUUGAAUAAAUAUUGUUACACAGUCAAAAAAAAGGCCAAAAAAAGUUUGCCACUUCUUUACAAAGCCAAAGGUGCCCAAUAUAUGAUUUACCGUUUUAAUUCAGCACUGUACUCACUGCAUGUCUCCACUGUAAAAAAAUAACUCUAACCGAAUUACAUCAUCAGUGAUGAGUACUAUUGUCUCGUCACGUACUUGAUUAGAAAUAGAAGCGUUGUUGAAAAAAAAACGGCUAUAGAAUGUUUGGACACUAGUGACAGAAAGACGGCGAAAUGUCGCUGGACAUAGCUUUCUGCCAUCGCACUUAGUUUUUUCUAUGUUUUACUUACUCAAGUUCUUUUUGACAUUAAAUACGUCACUUUAAUCACUGUAAAAUGUAAAUACAUUAGAUCCUUGCCAUUUGGAAUACGUGCUAUUUGUAUAGAUGUUGCUAUAAUGCUAUCGAUUGUUUGCCUUCAUGAUAUGCUGUAAGAUAUUGAAGAUUAGUUAAGUUUUCGCACUCCGUUUCCUUAAUAAACUAAAAUGCGAAUGUUUUGUCAUCUUUAAUGUUAUAUGUUAUCUUUUCCCUCGCCACAAAACCUGUAUGUUUUUCCUGCAAAUCAUCUCAUAUAAAUAACAUUUGUUUUAUAGUCAAAGAAAAACUACCGAACCUGUUUUAUGCACCCACAGCGGACAACGUCACCAAGGAGAAUCUCAUGACCUGCUGACCGAGAACUAAAUCUAGCGACAAAGUAGAUGCUCAAUGUGGAAAGUUGGAACAAUAGCGACAGUAAAUUAUUAAAAGUGAACACGACGCCGUUCGGAUCACGUAUAGGCGUCUAGUCUGUCUUCUAUAGCACAGUAGUCCAUUUGGCUCUAUCUGUUUGAGUUACUGGAGUUCUGAUUGUCACUUUAUAUACAUCGCUGUAUGUAUACAAGAAUCGUCAGCGUUUAGAAUUAGUUGAAGCUGCAUGUGGGCUGCUAGAGAUUUGUUAAAUUUCCGCAAUCAAGUUUCGUGAAUAAAUCAAAACACAUUA